AUGAACGCAUUGGCACGUCGGACAAACCACCAGAUUUCUACCCGCAACUUCUCGAACACGACACGCACCCUAGCCGAUCACGUCAGAAUAGUCGAAGUUGGGCCAAGAGAUGGACUGCAGAACGAGAAGACGGCAAUAUCACCAGAAACCAAGAUAGAGCUCGUAAAGAGGCUAGCGAGAACAGGCCUACAAACAAUUGAAGCCGGCUCCUUCGUACAUCCGAAAUGGGUCCCUCAAAUGGCUGCCUCAGAUAAGGUCCUCUCCUCCGUCCUCGAAAACCCUCCAGCUGGCGACGUGACGUAUCAAUGGCUUCUGCCCAAUAUGAAGGGCUUGCAGAACUACUUCAAAGUGAUGAACCGUACGUCUCAAGCUGCAGACGGCUAUCCGACGCCGCCUCCUUCGCCCUCACAUGACAGCGGGCCAGCCUCGAAUACCUCAAGCUCAGAUCCAAACGCCAUGCCAUCAGCAACAUCCGGUGUCGACGCAAUGUCAAGAAAGAACGGAGGACAACGGCACGAAGUCUCGAUUUUCAUGGCCGCGACGGAAACUUUCAGCCAGAAAAACACAAACUGCUCAAUACAAGAAAGUCUGGAUAGAUUCGCUCCUCUCAUUCAAGAGAGCAGCGAAGCAGGAUUUCCCGUCCGAGCUUACAUAUCCGUGGCUUUAGGCUGUCCUUUCGAAGGCCCGAAUGUAGACCCUCAUCGUGUCGCAGAACUCGCUGCCUCGCUCCUCGAAAUCGGCGCAGAUGAGAUUAGCGUCGCAGAUACAACGGGCAUGGGCACAGCACCGCGGACGAGGAAACUUUUACAAACGCUGAAAGAAGCCGGUGUACAGAACGAGGACAUCGCGAUGCAUUUUCACGAUACGUUUGGGCAAGCUUUGAUUAAUACCAUGGUGUCGCUUGACCACGGCGUCAGGACGUUUGACAGUGCGGUGGGGGGUUUGGGGGGUUGUCCGUAUAGUCCGGGCGCUACGGGCAAUGUUGCGACGGAGGACCUUGUGUAUUAUCUUCAUAGUCUCGGCGCGGAUACGGGGCUGGAUUUGGAUGAGUUGAGUAGGAUUGGGGCUUGGAUUACGGCGGAGAUUGGGAAGGAGAAUGCUUCGAGUGCUGGGAAGGCGAUUUUGGCAAGGUUGAAUCGUGAAGGGAGUGCCUAG